AUUCUUUCCUUGUGACGACAGGCGUGCGCUACAACAGCUUGCUCUGAAUGUACACGUAAAACCCCAUGACAUGACAUGACAUUGUGACUUUAUCUUGUACACACCGACAGAGUUACCGUGAUUAGUGUCGGAUAUCUAUUGUUUCUCUUUUAGGCGUGCAUUCAAGAUGUCGCAGCCUCCACAUUAUGGAACUACUGACAAGGCGUACGGAGAAGCCCCACCGCCUUAUCCACCGGGACAGCCUUACCCACCCCAACAAGGAUACGCCCAACAAGGUUACGGUCAGGCGGGUUACGCUAACCCAGGUUACGGGAUACCACCAACGCAACAGCAGCAGUCAACUGUAGUGGUCGUAGGUCAGACAGGUCCUACACAGACCGUCAUCAUACAAGAAAAUCGGGGAGUAAAUCAUGUUCUCCACUGCAUCAUCAGUUUGUUCUUCUUGCCUUGGGUUAUCGUCUGGAUUAUUCUUUGCAUUACGGAAGGUGCUUAAGCAUACAGCCGUUUGAAUGGAACACACACACACACACACACACACACACACACACACACACCACCACGAAACAAAUACCACAAUAGACAGUGAAUAACCUAAUUCUAUUAUCAUAUAGUAAAAACCACGAACCACGUACAACGAAGGCAACAUGUGACCCAAAGCAAGCAAACAGCGGAUACUAAACGAGUUACCGGUUAAUAUCAAGUUUAUGCCCCAAGUGAAACAAUUUUCAUAUGUCACGAGCCAAAGCCAACAAAGUGCAGAUACUUUCUAUCAUUUUCGUAAAUAUGUUUUGUUUGAUUAUUUGUUUGUUUGUUGUAUUAUUAAAAUAAAAAUUAUUCUCUUU